AUGGUACCAUGUGAUGCUUGUGGUAUGGCCGUUGACGCCACCGACAACGCUAAUGGAGUGAAACAUCCAUCGUGCAGAGGACGAUUCCCACGACGUGCUAAAAUGGUGUCCAUUAUGCUCGGUUCGUUGACGAUUCAAAGCCACGCAUGGAAAACGCAUUUGGUAGAAGUUUGUUACAAUAAUCUAAGAAGAAAUGGACCUGACAUCGAUCCCGAGCUGCUUACUGUCCAGCUGAAGAAGAAGGAAGCGGCGAAAAAGAAAUCGGCAGCAGCAGCAGCAGCAGAAAAAAGCGAAUCACCCGUUCCAGCCGCUACAGUUUCCUUAACAAAGGUGAAGAAGAAGACCCGUGAAGUAAAAGAAGCUCUUGUCAAGGAGAUUCGCCACUCUGUGGAUAAGUAUAAGCAUUUAUUCGUGUUCACAAUAGAGGAUAUGAGGAGUACACAU